AAUUUCAAUCUAAUCCCAAUCCCAAUUCGUAAUCUGAUACGGGCUUUAAGAUACCAGCUUCUCGGCAGCUCGACCGAGGUAAAGAGAUUCACAAUGUUCCGAUCUACGUCCAGAGACUCAAUCGUGAAUCCUCUCUUCAAGCGUGAACUCGUGAAAAGUGAAAGUUCGACAAAUAUCAAAUUCGUUAAUGUAAAAUUUUUUACUCUUCGCGAUUUUAAGCUGGAGAAAAAGAUUGACGAUCGGGCCCCAGUAUCGAAAACUUCACCGUUACCUCCGUUAUUCUCAGACCUUUCCCCAGCGAGUGCGAGUCGCGUCGCACAGGCGGCGCCGCGGUCGCUCCGACCAGUCCGCCUCGGGCCCUUGGUAAGAAAGCCUCUUGGUUCCGCGGGUCGUACGCCGUGAUCCCUGGCGCGAGGUGCG